CCUACUGGCGCCGACCUGUGGGACUGGGGUUUAAGUGCAGCGGUUACACUCUCAAUAUCAACCAAAAAUGGCCGGUAAAAUGUACCUAGCCGAUACAAGUCUCGUGUGCGGAAGUCGCAACGCUGUGGGCAUCUCUAGGUCGUGGCUGCCUUGUGCGCAAUGAUCUGAUGCCUGAUCUUCCACAGGCAAACCAUCUCUGCCCCACCUUCAACAGAAACUCUUGUGACAAAACACCUCAACUCUACAACUCUUGUGUCUUUUCAACUCCUUCCACUCCUCCAAACACCUUCACCAUGGCGGAUCAAUACCAGUCCGGCCAUCAAGAGGUCAUUCCAUGCCUUUUGAGCGACUACGAUGACGAUGUGGAGGCCCAUCGCGAAAGCUUCCAGGCGUUCAUGACAAGACAGGCCGAGGAGCAUUGGGCGGCCGAAAUCAGCUCUCUGGAUAUCGAAGGGUCCGCCGACAGAAUCGCCACUGUUAUCGAGCAGGAAGUCAAUAGACUCGCCAAGAAGCUCGAUGUGAUCGCAACGGCUAUGGCUGCUGAGGCCGACGGUACCCAGGCAAACCGACUGCUCGCCAUGAUUCCAACCAAGUUGAACCUGAUGGCCAGGCUUGAGGACUUGGCCUUCUCUCGGCUUCAGCCAGUUGAGGGAUUGGCUGAGCGGCCACUGGUCAUUGAGGACGUGUCUCCGUCAACUUCACAGGGCUCAACCCAGUGUGAGAUUUCGGGGCGGCUAGAUGGCUACGACCGACAUGUCAGCCAGACUCCCAUUAAGAAACGCAGCGAGAGCCCGAUCAAGAUUGAAUCACCUACCCCGACCAAGCGUCGCCGAGUCAAUUUUUCAGAGGACGGGGCAUCCCGGGUGUCUGAGCCUACGCCAGCCCUGUCCCAUGCUCUGCAUGCUUCCUCCCCUUCGUUGCCGCAAGCCCUCCUCACCAAAGGUGGAAACUCUAGUUCGGGACAUCAGGAUCCAUCGCCACCACCUUUGCUAUCCCAAUCAAAGAAUGCGCCUGCUCACCAUGCAACACCUUCCAAUCAGCGAUACGACCUUUCUAAGGCCGCCCCACCAUCUGCGAAGAAGAAGCCAGCACAAACCAAGAAGCCAGCCCAGGCUUCAAAGCCUUGUCACGGAAAACCACUCUGCAUAUCUAGAGCUAACCUUCACGAGGUUCAGCACCGCGAGUGGAUUUUCAAUUUUCAGAGCUCCGGCUGGAUCAACCGCCGGAAAAACGCCAUCAAGGCAGAAACUAACAUCGAUUUUCUCAUCCAACGUGCCUUCGAGGAAGCGGCCUCUACUAUACGCAGUAGUCUCAUCGCCAAAUUCACACAGACGAUCUACAAACAACUUCCCCAUCUCAUCGCCAGCCAUCUUGGGCCUUGCCUCACCGACUAUGAGGUUGAGAUCCAGGAGCUUGGGUCUCGUUUUGUCUCCAUACCCGGUGUGCCUUCUGUUCAAAAUGGCGAGCGUGGGGGACUGAAAGACCGAUUCAAGGAGGUUCUUCGCAAGGUGGGAAACGACAUCCCCCGCGGGUACUGGGCAUCAACGGGUGCGGUAGAUGGUGGAGAUGAUGAUGGCGAGGGGGUAAUCGAUGUCAUUCUCGUGCUGAGUGAUUAUGAGAAAGACACAAGCCAGGGUAACACAGGCCAGGGCGAUGACGACGCCGAGGAGGAACCUGCAGGUGAUGUGAUCAAAACUACGAUGCGAGGAGGCAGGCACGCGAGCACAGGGAGAAGCGGAAGAGGAGGAGGGUUGGCUGGGGAAAAGACAUUGGGUAGGAGGAAACCAAGGCUCCUGGUGUCGGGGUACGCUCGAACAUCGCAAGGGCGGGUGGAAAGACCGGCGAAACGUGUUGGACGGCCUCCUACACGUCACGCAAGAGAGGUAGGGAAAGAUUUGGAACCUCAUGGUGGACCUGAGGUUGAGGUUGUUGGGGAAGAGACAAUUCAGGCCAUUGUCGGCAUUUACGUCAAACCCUCGGGGCGGAUGAAGGAGAUGGCGAAAAUGAAGUCUGUUAGGCCUUUGGUGGAUUCAUUACCCGCCUGAGCCAGGUCGGGAGGGGCAGUGGCACGGUCCUCAAAACUGUGAAGCUGUUCUCAUGCAAGAGCCGGGGGACCGUUGCUCGGCAGCCCUGUGACACUUGCCGCCGUGGGAGCGGGCCG